UUAAUGGGAAAACAACUCAUUUAUUUAUUUUAUCAGCUUAAGUAAAUAUACAUGGAAGUGGUUUGAGACUAUCUAAUAUUUUUUCAAACCUUUACUUCAAACUAAUAAAGUAAAUAAACUUAUCGUCAAUUCGUGAAUAGUUAACGUAUACUUAAGUGUUUUGAAUUGUGCUUAUUAUUUAAAUAAAAUCAGAUACGAAAAUGAGUGAUAAGCGCGUAGCAGUUGUCACUGGCAGCAACAAGGGCAUUGGAUAUGCAAUUGUUAAAGGCUUAUGUGAGAAAUUCGAUGGAGUUGUUUAUUUGACAGCUAGAAACGUUGAGCGUGGACAGGAAGCUGUAAAAAAAUUAAAUGAUUUGGGUUUUAAACCAGAAUUUCAUCAAUUGGAUAUUAAUGAUGUUUCCAGUAUUGAUAAAUUCCGUGAUCAUAUUAAGGAAAAAUAUGGAGGGAUUGAUGUUCUUGUAAAUAAUGCCGCUAUUGCAUUUAAGAAUGAGGAUACAACUCCAUUCGCUGUUCAAUCUGAGGUUACAGUUGAUGUUAAUUAUUUUGGUUUACUUAGAGUCUGUAAAUCGUUGUUCCCGAUUCUAAAACCACAUGCUCGUGUCGUUAAUAUUUCAAGUUUAGCGGGUCAUUUGUUUUGUAUACCGAGCGCAGAAUUGCGUCAAGAAUUUGCUCAACCAAGUUUAACUGAAGAAAAACUUUCUACAUUAAUGAAAAAAUUUGUUAGUGAUGCAAAAGAAGGUAAACAUUUUGAAAGAGGUUGGGGAAAUUCAGCGUAUGUGGUAUCGAAAGUUGGUGUAAGUGCUCUUACAUUUAUACAACAACGCGAAAUUAAAACACCAGGUGUAGUUGUGAAUGCUGUCCAUCCAGGAUAUGUGGAUACUGAUAUGUCCAGCCACAAAGGUCCCUUAACAAUUGAACAGGGGGCUGAAGCGCCAUUAUUUUUAGCAUUACAACCAGUAGGUGAAAAUGAAAUCAAAGGAAAAUAUGUUUGGUUUGAUAAAAAAAUUGUCGAUUGGUAUAAAGAAAUGUGAUUGUUCUUAUUUAUGUUAUUAUUUUCAUAAAUAAAUACGAUUUUCUAAAA